UGAUAUCACCGACAUCAUCAUCAGCUUUGUUCGUUCCAACCGCGGAAUCCUCUCGAAGAACAAAUUUCCGCAGCCGCGAGCCUCGCAAGUAGUGCGACCGGCUUCGCGGCCUUCUUCCGUGCCAUCACAACCUACACAAGCCCGUCACCUCGUUAAUUACCAAUCUUCCUCGAGCUCAUUGGCAAUUUUCACGAUUCAAAAGCAAGGAAGAUGGCGGCUCGCGGAAGGCUAAAUAAGGGUCCACCGUCCUUUUCUGCUAUGUCUCAAGACUUGGUCACCGUCCUUGUCGGCCCUCAAGGAAAGGCCUAUCAUGCUCAUAUGGAUCUCAUCGUCCACUACUCGGAGUACUUCAGGGCCGCAUUCACAGGAUCGUUCCGAGAGGCAGAGGAGAAAGAGUUAACCUUGGAAGAAGUCGAAGAGAGGACUUUCGGGUUCUUUAUGGAUUGGCUCUACUCGAAGAAGCUUCCUCAGAAUUGUGGAACCACAGAACGCAGCUCAGCAUACCCGCUUCAGCCGUGCACUUGCAAUGAGGAUGAGGCACGAUAUCCACUUGUCAAACUAUACAUAUUCGGCGAUCGCUACCAAGUCCCCGACCUCCGGAAGGACGCCCUGAAUGCAAUCUAUCAAGAAUGCAACCAUGAUAACCCUCUACAUCUGCCUUCAAAUGUAGAGGUCAUCGAAGCAUUCGAGACUCUGCCAUCAGACUCACUUCUGUGCAAGUUCUACAUCGAUGUAUUUGCCAGGCGGUAUUUUCCUAUCGUCUGGGAUACUGAACAGGACGAUCGGAUGAGCGCAUAUCUACCGCAUGCGUACCUUUACGGAGUAAUGCAGAAGAUGGGUAAUCUACUACACCAUUUCGAAGCCAACGAGAUGAAGCUUUGCAACUAUCAUGAGCAUACAGACGAAGAGCGUGUGGCUUGUGAAGCGGAGCAUAAGAUUGCCGAUAUCACAGAAUUUGGCGAAAUCUAGGAGGAAAUCCAGUUGGGUGGUCAGAGUUUGGGGUGCUUCGACGGAUUAUCAAAAAUGGAACAGCAUGCAAAAUGCUUGACAGUAUAGAUAAGACGCUAUGCUUUUGACUUCUGCACCUGGGUGACGAUGGGGGCCGAUACGCCACACUUGUGGCUAUGCAUGAUUCUGAACCUUGCUCAGCUGAACCUGUUUCCACCCUACGACUGAUUGGAACCAGGCAGACGUCGCAGAAACUAGUGGGGCUCGCAGGC